AUGCUUCAGAAUGCUGUUGGUGAAUCAGGGCAGUUGAAAGCCCCAGAAAAACAUCUUGUCACUAACUCUACCCACUCCAAUGAAAUCAACAAGCUUCUUGAGAAUCUCCUUAGCAUGCGAAUCAAUGAGUUCGAUGUUUACGAAUGUAUGAAACUGAUUAUUGGGAUAUCGAAGGGUGUGAUUUGCCCAAUCCUUGCUUCUAAUCAAACGAACCUUUCAGAAGAGUCUAUAGCCCAGCUUCUCAUGUGCUUAAAGGCUAUAAUUCGCCUAGUCAAUUUUCGACCCAAUGUCUUGUAUUGCGAAAUUGGGGAACAAAACACGACCGUUCUUUAUGAAUACGUUUUGCCAAAAAUCAUUUUGCUACUUCAGUAUCGUUUAGAAAUUAUAGAUCAGCUGCUGGAUACUUGCUUAACUUCGAUAUUAUCAUCAUCCGGAUCUAACACAGCUCUUUUCAAAUCAAACAUCUCUCUUCAUAAUUAUUAUUUUCAAAUAUUGACCAAUUUUGUCGAAUUUUCACGCACUGAAAUUAUAUCUGAUUCUUCUACGUUUUCAACAGAAUUAAAUUUUCUUCUAGUAAAAGAUGACUUACUACCUUUAAAAACUUCAAUUAGACUACUUUCGAUAUAUUUUACAGCUUUGCACUCAUCUUCUAUUUUUUUAGAAAUGACUGCACCUUCUACAUUUGCAUUUCUUUUUGGUUUAACAUCUAGUGCAUUUCAUACCUUCAAAGUCAAGGCUACUGAAUCGUCGUCAAAUAUGGACAAGUUACAUUUUAUCUUCUCAGAAAUUUUUCACAUCGCAUUUAAAAUCAACUCGGCUAGCCGAUCUUCAUGGUGCAACCUUACAACGCAAUGGCUAUGUUUGGUCCGACAGAUAUCAAUACAGAAAUCUAUAUCUUCAGAACUUGACAUGAGGGCUACGUCACUUGCAAUCGAAUUAAUUGAAUUAAUAGUGACUAACCAGACGGGUGGCGUUUUAAGUAACUAUGUUAUUCAGAUUGACUAUAAAUCAAUUAAAAAAAGCAAUUCAUACAGGCCUACAAAUAUUUCUAAAGCCCUCAAUAUUGUUUCUGGUUUAUUAAACUCUAAAGAACUUGGCCCUUAUGAUGCAAAUUUUGUUUCGGCAUUGGGGUUCACAGACCCUGCUCUGUUUAAAAAAGUACAAGCCCUACACAACGUUAUGCAGAGAGCAACCUUUACUUUAAGUAGUUGUACUCCAGGAUUUCAAUCAAAUGGAAAUCUAUUUUCUAAAAUUUUUGACGAUUUACCUUUUUUAAAUAAAAAAAUUGAAGGCCCUGACGAACUAAAAUUGUUCAUAAUCAACAAUUUUCUUUCUUUAAGUCUUAAGCAUAAGGUUUUAUUAAUUCGUCAAACUGGCCUUUCGGCAUGUUUUAUGGUAGGCACUUUGGAUAUCAGCAACAUGAAGUGCAAGCAUUGUGAUUGUGGAGUUAUAUCAAUUGCUAAGGAUCGCCCAUUUUUACCAGUCUAUGAAUCAAUUUUCAAUGUCAUUAUUAAACUUCCUGGUUUUUUUGACAGUCCGGUUCUUAGAUUGGAAACUUUAAAAGCUUUCCGUAGAGUUGUUUCCGGAAUGGACAUUUUAUUCAAUCCAAACAAUGACCUUGGAUCUUGGAUUUCAAGUUCUCUCAGAAGCACCAACCGAGACAUUAGAAUUGCUGCAUCAAUGAUUCUCCCUUUUUUUGCGUCUAACUUGAAAUCUUCUGCCAGAGUCGUUGAGAUUCUUUCCAAAAUCAACAUUAAUGCAGAAAAGUAUUUAAUUGAAACCACGAUUAUGGCUUGGGCACAACUAGCUAAAAAUGCUGAAAGUGAAACUCUCAACAUAAUAUUGGUCAAAAUGAUCGAUUUUUUCGCUCUACAAAGCUCGUUUAGUACGUCUUUGGUAAUGUACUAUAUUCGCUCUAUUGCUCGUUAUAAAAAUCUUAGUACGUGGAAUUUAUUUUCACCUUUUUGGAAAACAAUAAGUUUAUCUGUUGUCAAACAAAAGUAUUCUACCCCAAUAGUCUUAUCACGCUUUUGUCGUUUAUUAGAUAUUCCAGUCGAUGAUUUUCUUUCUCGCACCCAUUCUUAUACUGUUCCUUAUUUGAUUUGGAACGGUGAUAAGGCAUCUAUUGAAUCUAUUGCUUCAUCACUUAAAUACCAUGUUGAACAGCUAAUUGUUUCAGACUUAAAGAACAUUAUGUCUGUUUCAUUUUUAAACGAAAUCAGAUACCAUGAAAAAAACACCAAUUUUGGCGAUCUUUCCAGGACAAAGUUGAUCAAUAUUUGCGAAACUUUUCAGCGCCUUGAUUUUAUGGGUACCAUUACAUCUGAUUGCUUGGAAAUCUCUGUGGAGGUACUCAAAAGAUAUCAUCCCAAUAAUUUAGAAGAAUCUAUGAGUGAUGAGGAAGCAAAGAAAAAGACAAUUGAUGAUCUUUCUCAAAUAUUUUCUUUUAUUUGUAUUGCAAAAGUUCGAAAAUCAAAGAAAAAAUCUACCCAUCGCUCUAACAUGGCAGAGUUUUUGGAAGAAAACAUCUUAGGUAUUCUUCAUUUUUUAACUGGUGCGAUUCUUAACCCAUCUGAAAAAACCUCUCACGUUGAACAACUUGAGUGUUUGAAUGGGUUGGCAAAUUUAAUCAUAUGUUCUGGUAACAUAUUUUUUAAGGCCAUUCCACAAAUUUGCUCUCUUCUUCAGGCUGCUUUGGAAAUUUCUGUUCUCCAAGCUGAAACAAUUAAGGUUUGGGAUUUAAUUUUUCGCUCAAUCAAAACCUCUGAUUUAGAGCAGCUUACCGAUCUAAUUUUUUCGGUGAUCAUUCAAAAAUGGGAAUUUUUUACUAAAGAAGCUCAAAAGUCAGCAAAAGACUUAUUGAAUUAUUUAGUCUUUGUUGAAAAGGAUGAAAUGCGACACAUCAUCCAAACCAAAGGUGUUCCUUAUACAUAUGGGAUGCUCCCAGACUUAGAAGACAUAUAUAAACAAAUUACUACAAUGGUGGUACCACCUCAGCUUAGCAUUCAUCAGCUCAAUCCUUUACUUAAGCGCAUUUUCAAUGAAAAUGUUUAUGUUGUUCGCCAAACAAUUCUAGAAAUUAAACAAUUUUUAAUGAGAAAUCAACCAUGCAUUUCUGAAGCCAUGAAUACCCCGAUUCUUCGCAAAAGCUAUAUUGAUCGACUUUACACGAUCCUUUUGAACACUAGCUAUCAAUUUCAUGAUUCUAAAACUGAUAUCCCCUAUUUAUGCUCUCAGUGCCUUGGUAUUAUUGGUGCUGCUGAUCCAUCAAAAAUUGAAAUUACAGCCGAGAAUCGCAGCGUAAUUGUCACUCAUAACUUCAAUGAUGCUAAAGAGAGUAUUUCUUUUGUUGCUUACUUUUUGGAAAAUUAUCUUGUUAAAGCUUUUAGAGCUUCCACUGAUCCAAAUGCUCAAGUAUAUUUAGCGUAUGGCAUUCAGGAAUACCUUAAAUUCUGCGGUCUCUACUCCCUUACUUUCAAUGAAACAUAUCAAAAGGAAUUAUGGGAUUAUUUUUCUCCUUCUUCCCAGAGUUUGAUGCUACCAAUGCGAACAUCAUGUUAUACUCUUACUGCAUCACCAGCACAAGAUCCAGAAAGCUAUCCAAUUUUUUACAAUGGCAUUGAUCAUUUCAAGUGGAUUGAGCGUUUCACCAUUGACCUAUUGCAAAAGGCUAAAACUAACACAAAUGCUGAGCAAGUAUUUAAAGUUUUUCGCAAGUUUAUUACUUAUCUUGAUACCUCUGUUUACAAUUUUAUCCUUCCUUACGUUGCGCUAAAUGUGGUCCUUGGUGAAUCAUCUGAGCAACGAAAAAACAUUGUCAAUGAACUCUUAUUGAUCCUUAGUACCAGCAACGACAAUAAUAAAAACAGCAACAUGAAACGCUUUUACUCCAGUGUUUUUUCUGUGAUUGAUUACUUUAACAAAUGGAAGCGUCAUCGACAACAAUUUUUGGGAAAGAGCAAUGGGCGUUCCAAGAGUUCGCGCUCUGGGAAUAUUAUUUUGAAUGACAAACCAAUUGGUAUUAUUGACAGCCUCAUGAGCAACAUAUCUCCAAAUUUGAUGGCACAGCGAUCUUAUGAAUGUGAAUCAUACCCACGAGCUAUCAUGUAUUGGGAGCAGUUUUUGGAUAAAAACCCCAAUGCAGAUUCCAAUGUUCGUGAAGACAUUUAUUCCAAGUUUAUGGAGAUUUAUGCUAAUAUCAAUGACCCCGAUUCUUUGGAAGGAGCAGCCAGAUCGUUUAAAGAGUUGUCGGUUCCACGGAAAAUUUUACAGAUGGAAAACACUGGUAGGUGGGAUGACGCUUUAGAGUGUUAUGAAUCUUUGUCAAAAUCAUCCGAAUGGGAAUGGGAUUCAGAGUCUGGUUACCAUAUGUUCCGUUGCAUGAAGCAAGGUGGAAAUUAUGAUAAUCUUCUGUCUUUGCUUGAUUCAAUGAUGCUAACACAAAAAACGAUUCCUGACAAGCUUCUCAGUGUCGGAAUUGAAACGUCUUGGCUCGCUGGCGAUUUCAAGAAAAUGGAAACUUUGCUUAGUCAAGUUCAGCAUGAGAGCAAAAUUGAUUUUAGUUUUGAAGUUAACAUUGCUCGAGCUCUAAUCUCUUUACAGAAUUCUGAUUUUCAAGAGUUUGGAAACAGAAUUGAAAUGGCACGACGAGGUGUUUCGGAAAAUUUAGCUUCAAGCCCUGUUUCAUCAUUGUAUCAAUGUCAUGAAUCUUUGGUUAGACUUCAUGGCCUAGCUGAUUUGGAACUCAUUGGAGAUUUGAGUUCAUGCUUCAGUCAAGGAGGUGUUGAUCACCGCACAAUGUCCACCGGAUUCAAUCGACGUCUUGAGUUGGUUGGCUCAAAUUAUGAGGCUAAGUGUUAUUUAUUGGCACUGCGAAGAUCUGCUGUGCUCUCUACAAACCUUCCAUAUGCUAAGGAAGAAGCCCAAAUCACUUGGAUUUACAGUUCAAGGUAUGCUCGAAAAUUGGAUCAGUAUAAGCUUGCUUUGCGGGCAUCGCUUAAUGGUUUGUCAAACAACCAAUUCACAAACUAUGAAGCUUAUAUCGAGUAUGCCAAGCUGUUUUGUUCUCAAGACGAUUAUUAUGAAGCGAUCAAGUGUUUGAAUAGCAUGGUUCCUGGAGGAUUAAUUCAGUAUCUAUCUAAAAAGGAUAAUGAAGCAAAUAGCAGCCAAUCGCGCCAAGAUAACGACGGAAUUGUCAUUGAUAAAUACCUUGCAAAAUCUGCUUUGUUGCAAACAAAAUGGCUGGAUAUGUCUGGUGAAGGCAAAAGCUCUGAAAUUAUGCAACGCUAUGCGCUUGUGGCUCGUGUUUAUCCACAAUGGGAAAAAAGUCACUAUUAUUCUGCAAAGUACUAUAAUCGCAUUUAUGACUCUCAACUUGCACAAAGUCCUGAAAACAGAAGCAAAGACUUCUAUUCUGGCGAUUAUAUUUCGCUAAUGGUCCGAAACUAUGCCAUGGCAUUACCCUAUGGAACCAAAUACAUUUACGAGACAUUGCCGAAAAUGAUUUCUCUUUGGCUUGAUUUUGCAGAUAAUGUCAGCAAGUUUGAAGAUACCCCUCCAUAUCCGAAAGAAGUUAUUCCUGAAAUUUCUCUCAACCGCAAAGAAAAUUUGACCAAAAUCAAUGAGUUUCUUUUGAAAUUCGUUGACAGAGUUCCUGCCUUUGUUCUCAUGUCUCGAAUUGGUAUUAGCGAGUCUAAAGCUUCGAUUGUGCUCCACAAAAUCAUUAUAAGCAUUGUCAAAUCAUACCCCCGGCAGGCAUUAUGGUACGUCUUUGGCAAGGCUAAUUCUCAAAACAAUAUACGAAACACAGAGAUUGGAAAGAUUAUUGAUUCGCUCAGGUCAAAGGUUUCGGUACCAGCAACUUCUCAAAUCCAAGCAGAAAGUUUGUCGACUCUGUUGAUUUCCGGUCAAAAAUUUGUGGAUGUUUUGACCCAGUUUGCUUACAUCAAAGUGAGCAAGUUGCCUGCUUCUAAUACACUAAGGCUUAAAGAUUUUAAAUUUGACAUGAGCUCUAUUCCUUGUGGACUUGUUGUUCCAGUACAGCAGUGUAUGCGAGCGGUUCUACCCAACGUACCAGAGGGCAUGAAACACCACAACCCUUUUCCUAAAAACUCGGUCAUUACAAUAGCUAAUAUUGACGACACUGUCAGCAUUAUGCAGUCUUUGCAAAAACCCAAAAAGAUUACCAUUUUUGGUAGUAAUGGAAGACGCUACAGAUUACUGUGCAAAUCUCAUGAUGAUGUACGAAAGGAUUCCCGAUUGAUGGAUUUGACUUUUGCUAUUGAUUCGCUAUUGCAACGCAAUGACAAGGCUUUUAAGCGACGACUAUACAUCAAGACUUAUUUUGUGACGCCAUUGACAGAGGACAGUGGCCUAAUUGAAUGGGUAGAUGGCAUGCGGCCGCUCCGAGAUAUCUUGACAACGGAACAUAACUCCCGAGGAACAGUGAUCAAUUGGAAAUUCAUUAAGGAGAACUUGGAAAAUAAGGGUGUAAUAAAGGACCUUGUUCAAGGUCUUAGACGCAUUAUUCAGACAUAUCCAUCUGUUCUCAGAUAUUGGUUUUUGGAGGUAUUUCCAGAGCCAUCUGCUUGGUUAGAAGGUCGUGGAAGAUAUGGUCGUUCGUUGGCGGUCAUGUCAAUGGUUGGGUAUAUUCUUGGAGUUGGCGACCGUCAUGGCGAAAAUAUCCUGUUUGAUGUUAACACAGGUGGUGUUAUGCAUGUUGAUUUUGACUGUUUGUUUGACAAGGGCAAAGAUUUAGAAAUGCCAGAGCUUGUUCCUUUUAGAAUGACGCACAAUUUGGUAGAUGCUUUGGGCGUAUUUGGAUGCGAGGGUGUGUUUCGCAAGUCUUGCGAAGUGACAUUGGAGUUGAUUAGGGUGCAUGAAGGCAUGGUAAUGACAAUGCUUGACGUGUUUUUCCAUGACCCAAUUUUGGACUGGUCUAAAAAGCGGAGACAAACUAAGAAAAAACACAUUAAGGGCUUUGGUGCUGCACGCUCUCCUGAAGAAGCAUUGUGGUCGAUCCAAAAUCGUAUCCGGGGAAAGUUGCAGGAUGAAGUGAUGCCUUUAAAGGUUCCAGGACAAGUGAGUUACCUAAUUGCAGAAGCCACAGACGAACAAAAUCUCGCUCAGAUGUACAUAGGUUGGAUGGCUUAUUUUUAA